UGAAUAUGAAGAGCUAAGCUACUAUCUAGAAAGAAAGGCAGGCAGCACGAGACAGCAUCAACAAUGGCGAGUUCUUCUGAUGUUCUCCACAAGAUCUUUUCCUUACUGAUCGUAACAGCUGUAGUCAUCUCUCCGGACGCCGUCGAUGCAGGCGGCGGCGAACACAGGUUCGGCUGGGUGCCGGCGACGAGGCCGUCUGCCGGUGGCUGCGGGGGAGGUUCGGUGGCGGAGUGCUUGGCCAACGGCGGUGAAUUCAGCUUGGAUCAGGAAUCCGGCGCGGUUACUAACCGGCGCAUACUAGCAACCUCGCAGUACAUAAGCUAUGGAGCGCUGCAGCGGAACACCGUUCCUUGCUCUCAGAGGGGCGCGUCCUACUAUAACUGCCAGACUGGCGCGCAGGCUAACCCCUACAACCGUGGAUGCAGCACAAUUACUCGUUGCCGCAGUUAAGUUAAGAAGUCUCUCUCUCUCUCCUUACUCGUUGCCGCAGUCAAGAAAUCUCUCUCUCUCUCUCUCUCUGUUCUAAUGUUUUCGGGUUUGUAUGUAUUUCUUCUCUGUUUUUGGUUUAUUUGUACUUGUAAUGUACCUUAAGGUUUGAAUUGCUACAGUGAUAUUUUAUUUUAUC